UGUUAGGGGAGGAGCUUAAAGUAGAACGGCCAUGGCGGGAUGCGUGAAAACGACAUACUGUUGUUACAAGUCAGCAAUAACCAAAGUUUUAGUCUUCGUUGUACUCUUUAUCUGUUUACCCCAGUCUUCACUCCAGAGUACUGGGAAAGCAGCCCAAAUAAUUGAUCUGCAGGAUGGAGAAGAGUUCACCAUGUCAGGAUCUAACCGGUUCUGCUACAGAAAUGCUCUAGUGCCGACUUGGAGGCAUACUUGGACACGAAUUCAGGUGAAAGUUUGGAGCUCAAAGGACUUCAAGGUGGAAACGGUGGCUGGUGAGGAGGAGCUGCAGGAGCUGGAGAACUUCACCUUCUGGAACUGGCUUCAGGGGUUUCUACGGGAACGACACAAUGAAACCACCAUCAACAUCAGCCUGUUCAGCAGCAAGACCUGCUUCCGAGUGGAUCCGACAGAAAAAGCUCAGUUCACCGUCAGAGCCCUUCGCAAGUUUGAUAUCUUUCUGUUUCUGGUCUUCCUCUCUGGGACGUUGUUGUUCAUCUUUGCUGACUCCCUCAGCAGAAGUCAGAUGUUCUUCUACUCGGCUGGUAUGAGCAUAGGCACCAUCGCUUCCCUCAUCAUCGUUGUUUACAUUCUGGGCCGCGCUUUACCAAAGAAAGGCUCUAUUUAUGUGAUCGUAGCUGGCGGCUGGUCAGUCGCUCUGUACGCCAUCCAACUUGUCUUCAGGAACCUCAAGCUAAUUCUCCAAGAGCACUGGCGCUUGGCUUUAGGUUAUGUGACGGUGGUGGGAUUCGUAAGCUUUGCCGUGUGUUACCGUUACGGUCCUCUGGUCAACGAGAAGAGCAUUAACAUCCUGUCAUGGACGCUGCAGCUGUUUGGGCUUCUUCUGAUCUACUUGGGAAUGCAGAUUCAGCAAGUUGCCUUUGCUGUCAUCUUGGCUGCAUUGUUCUCCAAACACCUGGAGGUCCCUGUCUCUCUGGCACUUACAGCAUGGAGGAAAAUGAUGCGGUACGUUAACUGGAAGCCAGUUCCACGUCGCCUGCUAACUGAGGAGGAGUACCAGAAGGAGGGAGAGGAAGAGACUCACCGAGCUCUGGAGGAGCUGAGGAAAUACUGCAACAGUCCUGAGUUCAGCCCCUGGAAGGCCGUGUCCAGACUUCAGUCCCCCAAAAGGUUUGCUGAUUUUAUCGAAGGAUCUCCGCACCUGAUGCCAAACGAGGCUUCUGUCCACGCACAGGAAUACGGUUUGGGAGGAUCUUUUUUUGAGGAUGAGCUUUUUGACACUGAUGAUGAGGAAGAGGAUGUAAAGCAUACAUCUAAACCAGAAUGAGAUGGCAGACGGGGAAGAAGAGUCAGGAGGAAAAGCUGAAACUGUUGCGAUGGAAGAAGAUCCUUCACAGCUGUUCACAUGCGAUUGAUGUGGAAAAUCUCUGGACUGGAUUACAGGCUUACAUCGGCUCUUUUAUACUCUCCUAAGAAUAGCGCCAGAAAAAAAACUCAUCUGGAUACGUUUGUAUUUGUAAUAAAAGGGAAUUAAAUCUUUGUUGGGACGGUGCACCAAAGCCAGACCUGUUAGGUAGGAAGGAUCAAGAGCUGUUCAGUACUUAGCAUUUAGCUGAUAAGUUUCCCUAAAUAAACAAGUUUUAGUUUUCUAAAUAUUAUUAAUAUUUGUAAAGAGUGUGUUCACGCUUCCUCUUUACUGUGAUCAGGUCUGAACAGCAGCCGGAUGCAGUUUUCUGCAGGAAGAGGAAAUGUUUUGUUUUGGUCGUUGUUCCACGUGUUUCGUUCAUUUAAAUGGAUAUGUUGGUGGAAAUGUCCUGAAGAACUUUGAAUAAAUUAUUUUAUAUUUGUGC